UGCCUUUUUUUUUAUUAUAUUUUUUUAUAUUUUUUACAAUGUCACUAAAGUGCAAGUAAAAAUAAAUAUACUUUGUGAUCCGGUCCUGAAAUACUAAGACCCUGUACUUAAAGAAGCCAUGGAAAAAAACAACUGUCUUUCAACACAAUUAUUUAAGUGCUACUUUUGUGAUAUCUUAAAGGUUAAGAUGCACACAAUGACCUACAUGCAUCUCUUUUACCUGGGCUUAUGUCUACUCACUCUAACCCACUCAGCAGCUGCUGCCCAAGAAACUCUCUGUGGUGCUGAGUUAGUGGAUGCUCUGCAGUUUGUAUGUGGAGACAGAGGCUUCUUUUUCAGCAAGCCAGUAGGGUAUGGCUACAGCAGUCGACGUUCUCAUCACAGAGGAAUAGUGGAUGAAUGCUGCUUUCAAACCUGUGAUCUGAGGAGGCUAGAGAUGUACUGUGCUCCUGCCAAACCAGCAAAGUCAGCACGAUCUGUACGUGCUCAACGUCACACUGACAUGCCAAAAGCCCAGAAGGAAGUGCAUCAGAAGAAUGCAAGUAGAGGAAACACAGGGAGCCGAAGCUUCAGGAUGUAGAUGCUGUUACCACUCAAAGUCUUGAAGAAUGAAUGUGACAUGUGCAGAAUGUAAUACUGAAAAGUAAAAUCAAACAGGGAAAGACAACACUUCACUCAAUCAAUGGGCAUUCGACCUCUGAACAAUGCAAUUCCACAUGCCGUUGAUGUGCAUUCCAACUAGAAUAAUAACAACUCACAUAACUGAACUAGUGCUCUGUAAUCUUUCACCUGUUAAACAUGUCCUGCACAAGCAUUUGUUUUAAUAGCCUGUUUCCCCUAGAGGUCCAGAAUAAAUGGCCUUCUUGAUUGCACUAAAAUUAAUCAAUGUUUUUUGGGUACUGGAGGCCUGACCCAGAUUUGUCUGAGAGUUUCUUAUAUUUGCACUUCUCUUCCUGGGCUGUUUAGUAUCCAGUGUCCUAUAACAUUGUUUGCCUGACCUUCUGUAUUUGCACACUUUUGAUUUCCAAUAGAAUAAGCAGAAAAGAUUUAUUUUCCCUCUCCCGAUUUUCCUGAAUCCCUACUAUUCUUUGAGUAUGGGUUGGGUUCAUAAAUUUCACAAAAAAAUGGUUGAAUUUAUCCACCUAUUAUUGAAUAUAGUAUGAUACAGCAGUUAAACACUUGUCUAGGCUCAUAGGUCACUGAUCUAUCUCGGUAACAAGCUAGUUAUUUGUCCAGUGGUAAACAUUUGUGUUCAAUCAAAAGUAGUAACCUGUAUAUCACUAAUGCACAUAUAUAAUUAGGUAUGUAGAGCUGUAAAAUAGUACAAUGGUGCUACCGUAUGUUGCAGUGAGUGUUGUGUGAUGAUCUGGUCAAGAAUGCUAACUGGUAAAAGCAAACACUAUUUCUUCUGUAGGCGAAUACUGUGGCCUUAUUGCUGUAUUUGGCAUUUACAGUAAAUGUAAGUAAGCUAGUAAGUAGACUCAAUGUGAACCUUAACAUAGUUUAGACUUUGAAGCAGAGUUGCACCGUUUUUUUAAGUGCAGAACAUUAUUCAAUACAUUCAAACACCGAUGUUACAAGUUUUUGGAAAAAUGACUGCACCAUUGCUCAGCAUCCCUUAAAACUACCUAAAGUGAAAUUUGAUGAUCUGUGUUUGAGUUUUAUGAAGCUAGCUGUCAAUACCAUACACAAAUCCUCCUAAGGUUGUUAGUAAUGUUAAAGUGUACCUCUGAGGAAGAAUAAUACAUUUGACAUUCCUAAAACAAACAAACCCCUAUUGUUAUGUACACUUAGCUCAUCUUACAUCCAAGGAGUUCCUGCACUGAUAAGUCCAUUUGGGUUUGCCUCUUUAAAUAAUUUACUUAAAAAACUCUUGAACAAUUAAAAUCGUACAUGUAGCUGAGCCCAAAGCUGGUCAUACACCUGCAGAAUUGCGUUAGAAAACAUUUGUUUUUGAAAAUGUGUUCAAUUUUCUAAUGGUUAGUAGGAUUAAAUCAAAGUUUGUUUUCUAUCAUAGUGGUUAAAAAGUUCAAAAAAGCAGAAUGUAAACCAACAAAAUUCUAACUGUCAAUGUAGUUUAUGUUUGCGGGAAAAUUGUAUAUAUUGUAAUGAAAUCUGUUUAAUUUGUCUGGAAUUCUAAUCAAAAAGAAUUUUCUGAUGAACAAUUUUCUAUGAACUUUCGAACGAAAAUCCAAAUGUGUAUGGCCAGCUUUAGUGUGGAGAUACAUUUAAGAUUUUAAUCACUUGUGAGCAGGAGAGACCUGCCUCAGCCAAAAUCAAUUCUGUUUUCAUCAUUCAGCUGUUGAUUUACAAUGCCUCCAUCCUCCCUGUGUUUUUCAUUUGUAAAAUAAAAUAAAAAAACUGA